UAAAUGAUCGGCACAUGGCUUGACUCAUAAUCAAAAGCAUGACUUCUCUGUGUGUAUAUAAACACCGAGAGAUUCUGGACAAGUUCAAAACUUUAAACUCUCCCCAUUUCGGCCUCCAAGAGAGAAAUACUAGCUGAAAUUGGAGGCAUCUUCAUGCAUGAAUAUCUAACAAAUCAAAUAGAGCAGGUAAAGGGCCGGUUAACAGUAAGUUUGAUUGUGAUAUAAGGAAAAUGGAGCACACUGCAGGAAGCAAAAAGUUUCUGCCUAAUCCAGUCCUGCUGCAAGAUGAGGAAUUACACAAGUAUAUACUAGAAACUAGUGUGUACCCUCGAGAACCAGAGCCACUCAAGGAGCUGAGGGAAGCCACUGCAGAACUCCCCAAUGCUUUCUUUGGGACUGCACCUGAUGCAGGUCAGCUAAUGGCCGUGCUCUUGAAACUUGUGAAUGCAAAGAAGACAAUCGAAGUUGGAGUUUUUACUGGAUAUUCUCUUCUGCUUACGGCUCUCACAAUCCCUGACGACGGCAAGAUUAUGGCCAUAGAUAGAAAUCGUAAGACAUACGAAAUAGGCCUCCCAAUCAUACAAAAAGCCGGAGUUGAGUACAAAAUCGACUACAUCGAAUCCCCGGCUCUGCCUGUCCUUGACAAUCUUUUGGGAGAACCAAAGAAUGAGGGUGAUUUCGACUUUGCAUUUGUCGAUGCUGACAAAGAUAACUAUUGGAAUUAUCAUGAGAGGCCACUAUGCCAAAAAAUGCUUGGGCUGAUGAAACUGGUGAAGAUUGGUGGGAUUGUUAUGUAUGAUAAUACACUGUGGGGAGGGGCAGUGGCUAAGCCUGAAGACGCUGUUCCGGAGGCCAAAAGGGAGCUGAGGCGGGCUACAAUUGAGUUUAACAAGUCAGUUUCGGCUGACCCACGAGUUGAAAUCUCUCAUGCUUCUGUAGGAGACGGAAUCAUCAUUUGCAGACGCAUUUGCUGAGUUUCUUAAUUUGAUCUUCUAUGAGUGCACUUAUUGUUUAUAGCUUCAGAAGUGCAGAACUUUAACCUGAUUGCCAGCUCUUCUAUGUUUAUAAAUGUCUUGGAUUCUUUACUUGUUUCUUGGUGAAACUAAAUGUUGAAUAAGUACGUGAUUGAUAUUAGGUCAUCCUCUUUUUUGCAUAGCUCUCUUUAUUUUG